CCGAAGAGAUUCACAAGCUUCAUUUAGUUCCACCUGCCCUUCAAAAUCGUAUUCGAACCCCACGAAAGAAAACGAAAAUGGUGGUCGUUUCCGGCGCUGACGAAGUUUCAGGCAGUAACUCUCCAACAACGAGUUAUGCCCGAAUAAAAGAGUUAAGAGAAUUUGAUGAAACGAAAGCAGGUGUGAAAGGUCUUGUUGACUCCGGUGUGAUUAAGGUCCCUCGUAUCUUUGUCCACCCACCCGAUACCCUUCCUGACCUGCCCCCUCAACUGUGUUCCAUUCACAACUGCUGUCAGACCCAUCCGACAAUUCCUGUCAUAGACCUGCAGGAAGCCACCGUCGAUGAAGACCCAACAGCAACUCGAAGUCGAAGGAAGGAAGUAGUGGAUAAAAUCAAGCAAGCAUCAGAGACAUGGGGUUUCUUCCAGGUGGUGAAUCAUGGGAUCCCUCAGAUUGUGUUGGAGGAGACGCUGGAAGGGGUUCGAAGGUUCUACGAGCAAGACACGGAGAUCAAGAAACAAUGGUACACUCGCGAUCUCUUGGGCAAGAAAAUCGUCUACGACAGCAAUUUUGAUCUCUAUACUUCUGCCGCUGCCAGUUGGAGAGAUUCCAUGUAUUGCGUUAUGGAUCCUCAACCUCUGGACCCUCAACAAUUGCCUCUCGUUUGCAGAGAUAUAUUGAUAGAAUACUCGAAGCAAGUAAGAAGGUUAGGGAUUGCUUUGUUUGAGAUGCUGUCGGAGGCCCUGGGGCUGAGCCCCAAGCACUUGAUAGACAUGGGUUGCGCAGAGGGUCAUGCUCUUCUCUGUCACUACUAUCCCGCAUGCCCCCAGCCUGAACUGACUCUCGGCUCUACUAAGCAUUCCGACAAUGAUUUCCUCACCAUUCUUCUGCAAGACCAAAUCGGUGGACUCCAAGUUCUUUUUCAGAACCAAUGGAUUGAUGUUUACCCCACGCCUGGAGCUCUCAUCAUCAACAUUGGCGAUCUUCUGCAGCUCAUAUCCAACGAUGGAUUUAAAAGCGUCCAACAUCGAGUACUGGCUCGCAGCGUAGGCCCAAGGAUUUCGGUGGCAUGUUUCUUCACUACAGGUGUCCAAUCUUCCACAACGGUUUAUGGACCAAUAAAGGAAUUGUUGUCAAAAGACAACCCACCGGUUUAUAGGGAAACCACCGUCAAAGAGUUUACUGCACACCACCGUGAGAAGAGAGAUCGUGGUUCCUCUGCUUUGCCACAUUUCAAGCUGUGAAAUGUGAAUAGUUUCUUUAGGCUCCCCUUGAUAUGAUUUCUAUUACUAUUGUUAAUUUUAUCAUAGUAAAUCAUUUCAGACAAUAAUUUAUGGGUUAGUAAUAGGCAUCGUUUG